CCGUCUGGUAGGCAGCUUAUAUUUAUCGAACAAGUCUUACUACUGAUGACUUUUGGCAGACGAAGGACUUUGUGUCUUAUGGAAAUGGCAAGAUCUAUGAAAUGCCGUUAAAAUUGUGGCUUUAUUACGUUUUUUACAUACAUGGACCCGUUGGUGAUGGAAUGUAGCUUACUGUAUUACGUUUACGUCGUGUUUGUGCCAGUAACGCUUGUGGAUUAUGCUAAACGAGUGAUUUCGAUGUGCUUGAGCCAAACGUCAGUGAAGUCUUUAUAAUUAGACAUCAAUGGCUUCAGCGUUGAGUUGCUUCGGCGGUCCGGAGGUGCUGGAGGACGUAAAUCACGCUCAGGGGCUAAUGAAGCAAAUGAAACUGCUGUACGACUGUCAUCUGCUGGGAGACGUGACCAUUGAAGUUCUGAGCGAAGGAGAUUUACUGGAGCACGGAGGGGACACUGCCACUGGGGACAAACCUCAACUUUUCCUGUGCAGCCGGAUCGUCCUCGCUUCAGCCAGCCCCUAUUUCAAAAGUAUGUUUACUGGAGGCUUGAAUGAAAGUAUACAACAGAGAGUGGUCAUCCGUGGUGUAGAUGCAGAGUCCAUGUCUGUUAUAAUUGACUAUUGUUACACAGGAAGAGUUUCUAUCACUGAGAGAAAUGUCCAAAGACUUUAUGCUGCUUCUAACAUGCUUCAGCUUGAAUAUAUAAGAGAAGCGUGCUCUAGUUUCAUGACCAGACGGCUGGACCUUUCCAAUUGCGUCAUGAUUUUAAAAUUUGCUGACACUUUUGACAAUCCUGAUCUUAAACAUAAUGCACAAGCUUUCAUAGCUAGAAACUUCAAUCUGCUCUGCAAUACUGGGGAAUUAUGUGGUCUGGACUUAAAACAACUCAAAGAACUACUCAUGCUAGAUUCCUUAGAUGUUGACUCUGAAAGAAAAGUAUGCUCUGCAGCUUUACAAUGGAUAGAGACAAAUGCUUCACAGGAAGAUGCGAUGCAAGUUCUUAAAUGUGUGCGCUGGGACUUGUUUACAGAAAAAGACAAGUGUUAUCUUGAAGGUCUUAUGGCAAGGCCUUUCCUCGAUGCUUACAUUGCUUCUGUCUUCAAUUCCUCUCCAGAGAGCAACUGCGGACUUCCUGCACCUUUGCCAAAACACAGAAUAGGUGUUAGUGCCAAAGAAAUGAUAAUUUUCUUUGGUUUGCCAAAUGAUAACAUAAUGUGCUGUGAUCCUUAUUCAGAGGAUCUCUACUUCAUGUCUCCACCUCUUCAAGACCUGAGCAGCCAAGAUUACAAACGCUUUACUGUGGAGUCCCUAAAUGCCUGCGCAAGCCCGGAAAACAACCUGUACCUCGCUUCCCACCUGUCAAAACAUUUCUGGCUUUACAAUCCAGUGAAAAAUUCGUGGCAGGAGUUGGCAGAGAGACCUCUUGGGAGGAUCCACUCAGGGAUGGGUUACCUCAAUGGUCACGUGUACCUUUUAGGUGGUAGAAACCCAGUUACUGAUGCCAGAAUAAAAGAAGUUGAAUGUUACAGUGUUCAAAGGAACCAGUGGACAUUUGUAGCUCCUCUGCCUCACUCUCUGGGGAAAAUGCAAGUAGUGGCACUGAAUGAUCACUUGUAUGUUGUGAAUAAAAGACGAAUGCUUUGUUACGACCCCAAGAAGAACCGCUGGCGUCACUGUGGGUCACUGAGGCGCGAUAAGCUGCACAAAGCUUGCGUUUUUCAGGACCAAAUUAUCUGUGUUUGUGACAUUCCUGUUGUGAAGGCUUACAGUCCGACCAGAGGGGAGUGGAGGAGGCUGCGUGACAUUCCCAUAGAUAGUCGCGCUCUAAAUUACCAAGUGAUUCAACACAACGGCAAAUUGCUCCUCCUCACACAAACUCUUCUGCAGCAUAACAAAAACAGGGUCCUCAUUCAUGAAUAUGAUCCAGUUCGGGACAGCUGGAAGGGCAUAAUGGCAGUUUAUGUGUCCACUUUGGGCCCUGUAUGUGUCUCAAUGCGUGUUUACCCAGCAUGCCUCAGUUCAGCUCGCAGGUUCUCCGUAGAGGAAGAUGAUGACAGUGGCUCCAGCGCAGAUUGGGAUUUUGAUGGACUGACAGAUGCAGACACUGAUUCAGGCAGCUCUAGCUCAUUUUCAGAUGAAAACUGGUAAUGGGUAUUUCCUGAUUAAUAACUAAGAGGAAAAGUUAAUUUAUUUUUAAUUAUUUAAAAUGGUUUGGGAUGACAGGUGAAAAACACCAACAUAAACCAGUUACUUUAACACAUGAAUAUGCUUAGGAGUAUUUAUUAUGCGAUUGGGAAAGAAAAGCUGCAUAAUAUGUAUACAAUUAUUCUAUUUAAAUAUUGUGAAAGGUACAGUACAGGGUACAGGCAACACAAAUAUAAAAUGAAACUCCACUGAAAACAAACUCACUGAAUCUCCAGCCCUGUGUAAAA